UUGUCCCCUCUGUAAAACUUAUAACUAUAUAUAGUAUAGUUUUUUCGACAUUCUUUCUGCUAAUACUCAAAUCUGAAAAACACAAAUUUCUGUAUUUUGAGUUCUGACACUGUCUUUUCCCUCUUGCACAAAAAUAAGAGGAGAUGGUGAGAGUACAUACCAAAAUUCCGGGUUCCUGUUUCGGAAUAAGUACAGCUCAGACUCGAGUGCGUUCAGGUCGUUCACCACCGUUGCAAUCCAAUCCAGCUUAUAAUUCCAUCAGAAGUCACAAGGAUGAGUACUAUGAAAAUGAGUAUGGGUCGAGCUUUUGCAGUGACACGCCCAUAACCAGUGAAGAAAACUCUGAAAAGGGCGAACCCAAAGAGGGAAACAGGAUCAUGGUCGUUGUAGAUGUAAGCCAACAAGCUAAGGGUGCUCUUCAAUGGGCAUUAUCCCAUACUGUUCAAAAAGAGGACACUGUUAUUCUUCUGCAUAUAGCCAAGCCAACAAAAUGCGAUUCACAGUCUGAGAGUGACAUCGAUCCAAAAGCUUAUGGACUUCUUUACUCUCUGAGAAGCGUCUGCCAAUCCAUAAAACCUGGGGUACAGGUGGAAAUAGUUGCAUUGUCAGGGAAGGAGAAAGGUCCAACAAUAGUGCACCAAGCAAAGGAACAGAAGGCGUCGUUACUGGUAUUAGGCCACAGAAAGCGAUCAAAGGCAUGGAGAUUUUGGAUGAGGUGGACAGGCAGAAAAAGAAGCGUUGUGGAUUACUGCAUACAAAAUGCCGAUUGCAUGACAGUCGCUGUAAGGAGGAAGAGCAAAAAACUAGGAGGGUAUCUAAUUACCACUAAGCGUCAUAAAAAUUUCUGGCUCUUGGCCUAGCUUUUUUUAAUUCAUAAACAGUAGCCUCAAUGAAUGUCUAACCUCGAUUAAAAGAGGGUUAGGUGUCUAUAGAUGAUCAUUCUAUUUGUAAAUCUGAAAAUUUCUUCAAUAAUCCUCUGUUCCAUAUUGAAUGACUGACUUUCAAGGCUCAGGUCACUUAUCAGUAAAUAUUUGAAAGAAGACAUGGAGGGGUAUUGGACCACUUAUAAGCCUAAGUAGGGUUUAAUCUUAAAAUCACAAGCAGUGGGAAGAGAAACUCCCUAAACUUAUGAGGUGGUUACGUCUCUCCUCUUCUCCAAUUUGGGACAACUCGCAAGGGAAGAAGACAUCUA